AUGGGGGAGCAGCAGAGCUCGCUGAGCGCCCCGCGGGCGGCCGCCGCCGCGCCGCCCAGCCCGGCCGUCGGGGCGCCGGAGCCGGAGCCCGGCGCGGGCGAGCCGCCGCGGGAGGCGGCCCCGGGCGACGGGGCGGCGGAGCCGGGGCGAAGCGGGGAGCCGCCGCCGCCCGCCGGCAGCCCCGAGCGGAGCGGUGCCGGCGGCGAGGAGGCGGAGGCCGGGCCGGAGCCGAGGGGCGGCGGGGAGCCGUCGGAGGAGGGCGCGGGCGCGGAGUGGGGCGGCGGGCGGCGCCGCGCCCCGCGGCGGCACGUGUACUGCACCGUGUACUGCGUGGAGAACGACCGGGCGGCGGCGGCCCCCGCCGCGCCCCCCGACGGCGGCGGCGGGCAGCCCCCGGGGCGGCGCGGCGCGGCGGCGGGCGGCGACCCGCUGUCGGCGGGCGGCAGCAUCGAGGUGGUGGACUUGUACCUGCUGCCGGAGCCCUUCUCCGGGCUGAUCGCCGGGGACUUCGGGCCGCUGCUGGUGCUCAGCUGCCGCGUGUGCCUCGAGGAGAAGCCCAUCAAGCCGCUGUCGUGCUGCAAGAAGGCGGUGUGCGAGGAGUGCCUCAAGCGGUACCUCAGCUCCCAGGUGCAGCUGGGACAAGCAGAUAUAAAAUGCCCGAUCACAGAGUGUAGCGAACACCUGGAUGAAACAACUGUCCUCUAUAAUCUGCCCCAUGACGAUAUCAUCAAGUAUAAAUAUUUCCUGGAACUCAGCCGCAUUGACUCCAGCACCAAGCCAUGCCCUCAGUGCAAGCACUUUACUACCUUCCGGAGGAGAGGCCACAUUCCUACCCCUGCCAAAUUGGAGAACAAAUACAAAAUCCAGUGUCCAUCUUGCCAAUUUGUCUGGUGUUUUAAGUGCCACUCUCCCUGGCAUGAAGGUGUUAACUGUAAGGAAUACAAAAAGGGAGACAAGCUGUUGCGUCACUGGGCCAACGAAAUUGAGCAUGGGCAAAGGAAUGCCCAGAAGUGUCCAAAAUGCAAGAUCCACAUCCAGAGAACAGAAGGGUGUGACCACAUGACCUGUUCACAAUGUAACACUAAUUUCUGUUACCGUUGUGGGGAGAGAUACCGCCAGCUCCGUUUCUUCGGAGAUCACACGUCAAACCUCAGUAUCUUUGGAUGCAAAUACCGCUACCUCCCUGAGAGACCACAUUUAAGGAGAUUAGUGCGAGGCUCUGUCUGUGCUGGAAAACUACUCAUUACACCCCUAAUACUGGUUCUUGGACUGGCACUGGGAGCCAUAGCUGUUGUAAUAGGUUUAUUUGUGUUUCCUAUCUAUUGCCUUUGUAAAAAGCAGAGGAAGAGGUCACGGACAGGUAUGCCCUGGUAAGGAUGGACCUUACUCAUCUGAACUGAGCUGGUCCUGCAAGGGCUGUACACGGUUUGUGCAACAGAGCAAUACAGUGCUGGUGCAGCGCCUGCGCCACGGCCCUGGAAGAAGCACGGAGGAUCUCCUGCCGUCUUCCCGCAGCCACCAACACUACUGCAGACCAGAAAGCCUUUUUGCUCUGGUGCACUCUGAACAAGAUGGGCCCCCUGACUGCUGCUUUUUAAAUGUGGGGGGGUUUUGGUUUUGUUUUGGGGUUUUUUUUUUCUUUUUUUUUUUUUUUUUUUUUUUUUUUAGCUAUUACUUUGGAGUUUUUUGAAGAUUUAGAUCUAAGUUGCUGAACUAGACAAUCAAAGUCUGUAUUUGUAGCCACAACUCUACUACCGAUUGGCCUGUGAAGAAAGGAUUUAACUGCUAAUGUGCUUCAUUUAACUUCGGUGUCAGCCUUUAAGGGGGAAAUGCUUAGAAGUGUUUGGACUCCUACUGUACACUGAACAUUCUACUUUUGGUAUUAAAAACUAAUUCUGUAAAUAACUUUCAACACACAGCAUUCUCUUUAGCAUACCAAAACCCAGUCAUAUGCCGGAACAUGACAGCUGGUUAUCUUCCGAGUCGUCCUACUAGUGAGCAAGAGCCUAGGUUUCAUUUCUGCGGCAUGGAUUGCCUCAGCCAAAUAACAGUGCCUCUAAGAGAGAUAAUCUUAUUAUUUGAAACUUUAUGAUACUUAAAUUCACUGAUCGGUUUUGUUUUAGUAUUUAAAUUGUGUCAGCUUAUAAAUAGUGAUUUGGAUAGGGGAGUAACUUUGCUAGAGUUACAGCAUUUUGAAUCUCUCCCAGUAAAAGAGAAGAUUUGAAAAAGUCGGAUGAUGAGAAAUACCUGUGGCCUGUUCUAUCCCCAGAUACUCACUGCAAUGUGAUACAGAAUGUACAAGGAAAUGUAUUCGCAAGGAAGCUGCAAACCUGCUUUUCUGUUCUGACUUGGCAUGUAAUACUACACACUAGUUUUGUGUGAAGAUGGAAUUGAUGAAAUUUUAUUACCUAAAUAGCACUUUUUUUUUUAAAGUAGGCUAUCCAAGUCUUAGAGCGUCCACUGAUGCCUCAUGAGGAAAACUGAAAUGAAGUUUGGAUAACAGGAGGGGUCAUGCAUUGUAAAGAGACCAUUUUAUUCUUCGUCUAUGCUUCCAGCAUCUCCCUCCCUUCUUGACCUGUUGUUCAAGGUCUUUAAAGAGAACAGCUAUUCUUGCUCUCUGUUCCUAACUUCAGACUAUCACUGCUGUUUACUGGACUUUUUUCUCAGUGCAUCAUCACAAAAGCAAUAUAAUUCAGGGUUAGGAACCAGCUACUAAGAUUUUUUUUCUUUUCUAGUUCUAUUACAAAUUUGUCAGUUGUGCAAAUAUAAUCUAAAAGUAAAAUUUAGAAUAAAGUAAAUCUGUGUAAGCAGAACACUGAUACACAAAGAAUAGAUGAAGAGAAAUACUUUCUAUUUAUAAAAAUUCAAGCUGAUCUUAAGAAUGGAUUUCUACGGCGAAGGUACUUUUUCAGUGAAAUAUUUGUGUGUGGGGGAAAAAAACAUAUGUAUAUAUAUAUAUAUGGGAGGAAGGGGAAGAACAGAGUCCAUGUGCUGAAAGUCUACAGACUUCAAAAUUUAGGCCUACAAAUAGUGUCUUUUGAAAUGAUGUGCUUUGCAACAGUUUCUCGGAAACUUGUCAUGAAAUCUCAAUCUAGUUGUAAUUAUUAAGUAAAUGGUAUGCUGCCCACCAA